GAGCUGGCAGUCCCAAAAGCUCCCCAUCAGUAGCUGAACAGGUUCUGUUGCGUGCCCCAACUCGGCAGGGUUUCCUGGCAGCGUGUGGGUGUUCAGACAGAAAAAUACUGUAUUAAGUAACUAAACGCUGGAGCUGAUGGAGCAAUAAAUUCCUGGAUUAUUGGCCAUCAAACAUCUUUUUGCUUCCCUUUAUAUAAAAAAAAAGAAAAGUGACACAAUCCAGCUGGAACAGGAAUUUCUUGCGGAAGGUCAUGUUUGCUGGUGGCUCUGACAGUCCUUAUGCCAAAAUGAUGAGGGGACAGAUCACCUUGUCCCAGCUCUUUUCCGAGAUGGAAGAAGGCUGCAGGCAGCACGCCACCACCUCGGGCAUCACCUUGCCAGAUACCUUCUCUGUUGCCCGAGCCUUCGAGGAGAUGGCAGCCAAGGGGACGGUCAAUGCCCCCCUCCUGCAGGCAGCGAGGGUGCUGCGGAGGAAUGGGUUUAAGACCUGUGUCCUCACCAACAACUGGGUGGACGACAGCGCCGGACGGCUCUUCACGGCCACACUGAUGAACCUGCUGCACCGGCACUUCGACCUGGUGAUCGAGUCAUGCCGGGUUGGGAUGCAGAAGCCAGAUCCUGAGAUCUACAAAUACGCCCUGGAUGCGCUGCAGGCAAAGCCACAGGAGGUCAUCCUUCUGGACGACAUCGGGGAGAACUUGAAGCCAGCCCAGGAGAUGGGCAUGGCCACCCUCCUCGUCAGGGACACCGAGACCGUCCUGAAGGAGCUGGAGGAGCUCUCAGGUGUCCAGCUUCUCAACCAGCAAGAGCCACUACCAACAGCAUGUGAUCCAUCCAACAUGACCCACGGAUAUGUGCCCAUCCGGCAUGGUGUCCAGCUGCACUUCGUGGAAAUGGGGCAGGGCCCUGUCAUCUGCCUCUGCCAUGGCUUCCCUGAGUGCUGGCUCUCAUGGCGCUUCCAGAUCCCAGCUUUGGUCGAUGCCGGCUUCAGGGUGAUUGCUCUGGAGAUGAAGGGCUACGGGGAGUCCACAGCCCCACUGGAUAUAGAAGAGUAUUCCCAGGAGCAGAUAUGCAAGGACCUGGUGGUUUUCCUGGACAAACUGGGCAUCCCGCAGACCGUGCUGGUUGGCCAUGACUGGGGUGGUGCCGUGGUCUGGAACAUGGCUCUGUUCUACCCUGAGAGGGUGAGAGCUGUGGCCUCCCUGAACACCCCGUACCGACCCGCCAACCCCUUCGUGGACGUAGUGGAGAAGAUGAAAAGCAUCCCCACCUUUGAUUACCAGUUCUACUUCCAGGAGCCGGGUGUUGCGGAAGCGGAGCUGGAGAGGGACAUCGGCCGGACACUGAAGGUCCUGAUCCGCUCCACACGCCGGGAGGACCGCCUGCCCAUCACAUUUGACUUCCACCGGGUCCGGGAGCGAGGAGGGCUUCUGGUGGGCUUCCCAGAAAACCCCCCUGCCAGCCAGAUCCUGCAUGGCCCUGAGCUGCAGUACUACAUCCAGUGCUUCCAGAAGUCCGGCUUCAGUGGCCCCUUGAACUGGUACCGCAACAUAAAACCCAACUGGCGCUGGGCCCUCUCUGCCAAGGACAGGAAGAUCACGAUGCCAGCACUGAUGGUCACAGCCGGGAAGGACGUGGUGCUGCAUCCCAGCAUGAGCAAGGGCAUGGAGGAGUGGAUCCCGCAGCUGCACCGGGAGCACAUUGAGAAGUGCGGGCAUUGGACACAGAUGGAGAGGUACCACAGCGGGCAAGCACAGCCCCACUCCAUCGGAGCUGGGCGCCCCUGUGUCCCUAGGGAUGCUGAAUCCUGUUACAUCUCUGUGCCAUCCCCCCAGGCCGGCGGUGCUGAACAGGAUCCUGGUGGAGUGGCUGGAGGGGCUCCCCCCGGAUCCCCCACUUCCCACUAUCUCCAGGCUGUGAGCCCUGCCCUGUGCCUUCCCUCCUCCCUGGGCUGAGUUUGCCUUUAGGGUUGGAUUUUUGCCUUUAGGUAUUACUGGGGGGUCGAUGGGUGGAAGUGAUGGGUGAGCUAGGCCUGGGAGCAGGGUAGCACAAAGCAUUGCCCCUGAAGAAUCUCUGUGAGCUCUUAUUGGGGUGUUGGGAUAUGGUCUGGGGCUGGACCCAUCCUUGUACCAUGGUAGGGGCUGUACUGGGGCUGCCCCAUCACCUCAGCCCUGGGGCUUCCCUUGCACAGGGGUUUGGAUGGACCAUCCCCUUUGUGGCUGGGGUUUUAAUGUGGUGGGGAGGUUUUAAUGCACUGAUAAUCAUGAAUUCUGCCUUAGAAAUCACCUUCUGCCUUGUAACAUUGACAAAUAAAGCACACAGUGACCAGA